AUGGCGAAAUUGGUUUCGCUUAGAGGGAAAUGUCUGGAAACAUUUCCUCAAAUGGUGGUGAGGUUCAUCACCAUUCCUAGAGCGAUGAAGUCUAGUAAACGGGGUAGAGAACGAUUAAGACCAUCUGUAUCGGACAGUCAACCGAAAAAGGGUUACAAUGAAUCAGAGUUGCUUAAUCCGGAUUUCUCGAAGGGUGAUGACGCUCACUGGAAGCAUAAAUUAAGUCAGUUAAAUGACUUUAUGAAGGACUUGCAAAAGAAGGUGAAGCUGGCAGAGGAGAUGAAGAAGCAGGAGGCUCACCGCCAAACCUUGGGCUUGGAAAAUGAAUUUGUUGUUUCUAAGAUUGAAGAAGAUGCUUCACAUGUUUACAAGGAACUGUCUUCUAGCGAGAGUAAUACCUUACAGAUAGGAGGUAGUGAAGCGAACGACUUGUCCAGUAUAAUUUUAAGUGCUUCGCAGCAGGUGGAUAGCGUUUUACCGAAGGAACUAGUGGCUAGAAUCAAUGAUGACAACCUUGUGCUGAACUCCUUGCUGAACUCCAGGAACAGAAAUUGGAACGCUAUUAUAGACCGAUUAUACCGUACUACAGAUCGUCUAAAGGGAAUACCUAAAACUGAGAUACAUUCAAAAUUCUUAGAUAAUGUGAAAGGAUUGAGCUUUGAAAAUAUUGAGAGGCUGGACAAAAUGUUGACAGAAUCAUUUGGCUCUGGUGUUGAGUUUGAUCUUGGGAUGUAUGAGACGAUAUUUAUAAACUUGUCUCAUUUAAACCCCUCCAGGAACGAUAAACAGAGAAUUAUCCAGAUGAUGUUUAAGCUUAUCGCGCGUUAUGAUGCAAUUAAAGAACAGUCAAACUUUACUUUAAGUCAGAAAGUUCUUAACAGUUGUCUGCUAUUUUCCAAAGGUAUUUCAUCAUUUGAAAAUAUGAAUGCGUUCUUAACCAAAUUCAAGGAAGACUAUGGCAUAUACCCUAAUAAGCAUAACUAUACGAUGAUCAUUCAGUUUUACGUAAAAUCCGGUCUAACAGAAAAAGCAUGGGCAGCCUUCGAUACAAUGAAGUUCCUGUCGUUGGAGCACAAACCUGAUGUAAGAACCUACAACGCAGUGAUUAACAUCUGCUGUAAAGAAAGAAACUACGCAAAAGCUAUAGAUUUGUUUCAAGAGAUGAAUGAUUUUAAAGUAGAUCCUGAUGAGAUCACGUACACAAGUAUGGCAAAGACAUUGGCGGCUUGUUCUGCGGAUUCAAUAGUGAGUGAAGGAAAGGCUGAUUCUCUAAGGCUAAUGGGGUGGAAGUAUAUUCAUUUAUUGCAAAAUAAUUUCAAAACGGUCAACGAAAGCAAGAAAACUUCUUAUGAAUAUGCUGCGGUUGAAGCCAUGAUGGCUUUGGCGGCUUAUGACGGUGACGUUGCCAUGGCCCGAGCCUUGUAUCAUCGAUAUAUUACUGCUGUUUAUAAGGCCAACCUUGCAAAAGCACAAGCCUAUGAAGAAGAUAAAAUAAAUUACCAAAGAGUAUGGCAAAAGUCCCUUUCUCCUCAAUUAUUUAAUUACCUGAUGUUAGCUUAUUCGAAAUGGUCACGCGGAAGAUUACCUAUUCUGUCUGGGUAUGAGGAAGGUGCUAGGCUAAGACAUUCUAUUUUGAACAGCAUCGACUACUUAGGAAGGCUUGAUGCUGAUGAGGGAAUCUUCACCGGAUUGCCAAUGCUGCCAUUGGCCGAGUUGUUUAAUGAAUCACAAAUCCUGUCAGAAUCAAGGGCAAUGUGGCAAUUCAAUUUGGAAUUCGGUGGGACUGUCCAGUUACGUUCCAUACCAGUGCAGGAGGCCGAAAUAGCAUUCAAUUCAUUCGCUAGAUCUGCCAAUAACUUCAGCGAGUUUAAGUUUAAAGUCAUGAAUCAAAUCGCGAAGUGGAAAAUGACCCUGGUUAACCAUCGUAUACUUAACUCUUCCAACUUGAAUACUUUCUUGACUAUUCCACUUAGAUUAGGAGACAAGAAAGAGUUUUUACUAAGAUUUGAAGAAUUUGUCUAUCAGGAGCAGAAUUUGGAUAAAAUGUUGCUGCAGUUGUAUGACUCCAUGAAAUCGCUCCCUGAGGGCGAAGCAUCGAUAAUUAGAAAUAAUAUUGAGUCAAAUAUUUCUAGUUUUGAGAAACAAAUGGAUCCUAAAAUUGAAUAUCUAGCAUCAAUGAAGCAUAAGUUAUUGGCAUCUUCACCAAUUUAUGAAUUGAAAAUAAAGUUAGCAUCGAAAUUCCGUGACAUAGAUCUGGCAACAACUACUUGGAAGGAGCGUGGCGAUUUCCGUAAAUCAAGCCCUUUUCAGGCACUGAGUAUAAGUGAAAGAAAACAUUCUGAUACUCGCUUUGCUUGUGCUAUGGUAGAGUUCUUUACUUCGUCUGGAAUGUACAAUGACGCGUUGGCCGUAGUAUUAUCAUCACAGCGUCACAUAAAGUGGACAUAUUCUAUGGUGAAACCAUUGCAUAUUGAAUUGAAACGUAUAGAGGAUACUAGUUCUGCUAGGAAGUUGUUAGAGGUUGUGAAUAAGAAAUCACCAAUUCAAAAAAUUGAUGACCAGAUAAAGAAUUUGUUAUGA